CCAGUCAUAUACCGUUUAGCAAGCAGCAGCAACAUGCAGUCAUUCACUGGACUAAUCCUGAUCAGCCUAAUGCUGGCCGCCACCAUCGUAACGGCAACACCGCUGCGCAAGCAUUCAAGGCAGUCGAUAAAGAGCCAGCGACAAGUGGAAUUGGUGGCAGCAAGCACACCAUAUCCGGCAGCUGGUUUCCGUCCCAAAAUCCCCUUCGAUUUGCCCAGCGAGCGACAGCCUAAGUUGGAGGAGCCAUUGGCCACCACAACGACGCCAGCCGCAGCCACCUCAAGCAGCGAUGUUGAGGUUGAGGUCGAGGAAUUCGCCAGCACAGAUGCCCAAAGCACCACGACCACAGUUGAAGAGGAGGAGCAAGAGGAACAGCAAACGGAAAUUGAGACAAAUGCACGCACGCCGUCCAACACUUAUGGCGCACCCGACACCGACUCCGAAGUGAAUCCCGAGGAUACCAUCGAGGUGGUUGCCCAGGCGCCGUCACAGGAGUUUCAGCCACCCACACGCGAGGCUGUGGAGGAUUUUGCCGCUGUUGCCAUUGAUGGCCCUGCUAUUGAGCAGCAGCCUGUUGCUGAUCUGCCUGCCCUGCCUGACCAAGCCGAGGCGCCGCUAAGCGGCGUCAGCAAUGACGCCGAGUUGCCCCCCCUCGCUGGGGCCACAACGCCAGCCAACUUUUAUGGAGCACCAAACACACCUGCACGCAGCUAUGGAGCACCCGAGCUGGAGGAGCCCGACAACGAACUGGAGGUGGAUGAAUCACAGGUGGAACUGGUCGAGGAGGCGGAACAGGAGCUCAGCGAGGCGGCGGCCCUCGAUGGUUUGGCCAGCGGUCGCCUGAUACUGUUGCCCAUUAACGCAGCCGGCGGUCAAUUCGGACGUCUCAUUCUUGCCGUUGAGCGGCCCAAGCAACGUCGCAGCGAACGUCUGCGUCUGCGUCGUCGGAACUAAGUUCGGAAUCAAAUUCAACUGACCCCAGCUGACAAAUCGACAAUGGAUAAUAAAUAUUUGCUGAUA